AUGACGUUCAUCAAAAUCACCGAUCCCAAGCAGCGUGAGGCGCUUGCUAGAGACCUGCAGGAGACCAAGCGCAGCAUCCAGGCUAGCGAUAUGCAGCGUCGUCUAGAUAAGAUUGGACUCAGCCGCGACCUCUCCAAAAUAUUAAAGCCCGUGGUCGAGACGCAAAAGGAGACCGCUUCCCAGAUCGUCAAAAAGAUCGAAGAUAUCCCGCUUGCUCUUCCCACCCCGUUGCUAGCCCUUCCUCCUCCUGCCGCCGACGACGACCCACUACCCAUCGAGCAAGCACUGACUACCAACCUCAGUCCUCGGGCAGCCCACUAUCUUCAGCUCAGUAUGACUCCCAAAGCCGAUCAUACCUUUGGAUUGCGAGUGGAAGACGAUGCCAUCAUGAUUGGGAAUCUACCCGUCACUUUCGACGGAGACGAUAUCUUCAUCGACGGCGAGCGCUAUAAGGGCACCCCCGGCUUGUGGGAGCUCAUGGUCAUGAAGCAGCCCGAAGAUUUCGAGGUGGAUGACCUGCAUACCUAUGGUGAUAUCCUACGAGCAUCGGACGCCAUGUACCAAGGCAAUUCUGCAGUCUCGCAGACCCCCAAGGCUAGCAAAAGCAAGAAAUGGAAGGAAAUCGUCUCGUACCUCUAUAAGCAAGAUAAGUAUGGGAGUGGGGUGCAGACCGUCUUCCUCCCCAAAUGCUUCGACCAGUUGCUGAAUCGCCUCGAUCUUUGCGCCGCUGCCUAUCAGGCUGGGAAUAAUGGGGUGCGCAAUGAAAUCGUGGCCAUCCUCGACGCCAUGAGGAAAUCCAACCAUAUCAGCAGGGGGGAGUACGAGAAGCUGCAUCGAAAGCUCCUAUAA